AUGCUGAUUUUCAAACCAGGCUGGGUCAAUCAUGAAGACAGUAAACCAAUUUUCUCUGUGGACAUGCACCCCAAUGGCAACCGGUUUGCUACCGGUGGCCAAGGGGGUUCUGGAGGUAGAAUAGUUGUUUGGAAUGUUAGUCCGGUGAUAAACGAGAUUGAGGAAGAUGAUCCAAAAAUUCCCAAAAUGCUUUGUCAGAUGGACAAUCACUUAGCAUGUGUCAAUAUAGUAAGAUGGAGCAAUAAUGGUCACUUACUAGCCUCAGGCAGUGACGAUAAACUCGUAAUGAUUUGGAGGUUAACUAGUGAGGGAAGCUCUUCAAUUUUUGGUAGUAAUAAAGUCAACGUAGAAACUUGGAAAUGUAUACACACUUUGAACUCACACAAUGGAGAUGUUUUGGAUUUAGCCUGGGCACCACACGAUGGAUGGCUAGCUUCAGGCAGCGUAGAUAACACAGUCAUUAUUUGGAACUCUCACAAAUUCCCUGAAAAAGUUGCAGUAUUAAAAAACCACACAGGUUUUGUCAAAGGUGUCACAUGGGAUCCAGUAGGCAAAUAUCUAGCCAGUCAAUCAGACGACAAAUCCCUAAGGAUAUGGAGGACCUCGGAUUGGAAUCAGCAAGAAGUAGUCUUGGAUCCUUUCCAAGACUGCUCAGCUACUACUCAUGUUUUAAGGUGCUCGUGGUCUCCUGAUGGCCAGUACCUCGUAUCAGCGCAUGCAAUGAAUGGUGGAGGUCCUACAGCACAAAUUAUUGAAAGGGAAGGCUGGAAACAAGACAAGGAUUUUGUGGGACAUAGAAAAGCUGUAACUUGUGUUAGAUUUAACUCAAAUAUUUUCAAAAAACAAUCUCCAGAAAGCCCCAAAAAAAGUACUCAGUUUUGUUGUUGUGCCAUUGGCUCAAGAGAUCGUUCUAUAAGUGUUUGGUUGACAUCACUAAAACGCCCUCUAGUUGUAGUAAAAGAAGUUUUCGAUGAUAGUGUUCUGGAUGUGGCAUGGAGUAGUCGGGGUGAUUUUUUGUUAGCUUGCUCUUGGGAUGGCAGUGUGGCUUGUAUAAUGUUUCAAGGUAAUGAAAUUGGAGCCCCUUUGAGUGUAGAUGAGAAAAACGUGCUCUAUGAAAGAGUGUACCAUAAAUCCUUACAGAGUAGUUGGACGUUAAACGCUUCUAGCUCGCAAAUUGUUGAGGAUCCAGAAAUUUUGCUUGCCUUAGAUGAAAUUAAUCAGAAAACUGAAAAUAUUCAAGUAGAACUGCCUGAGAUUAAGGAACCACCCAAAGCGAAGGAUGUUUGUUAUGAAAGUCCUAAAUUAAAACAAAGUAUUCUGAUUCCUGUUAAUAAACAAGUUGAAACUAGAUUGGCAUCUGGAAAAAGAAGGAUAACGCCAAUGUUGCUCACGACAGUUCCUAAUACUUCAUCACUUUCCAAUGAUUGUCUCAUUAGUUCAGAUUCUACACAAUUUUUCUCACAGUCUGAUACCUUUAGUAAAUCAUCACCUAGUAAAAGUUUAAUUAUUGUUGAAAAACGAACAGAAAUGCAAGCAAAGAAAAAUGAGGUGCCGCCAAAGGAACCCAGCCAACCUGUGAUAAAUAAUUUUCAAAAAUCGGACACUGUGAUCUCCAAAGCGCCUGGCAACGAAAUAAGUCAAUUGAUGUGUGUCGAAGUACCCGGCGACGAACCGAUAACUAAAAUAAUCAACAUUUUGGAACCUUUAAAAUUAAAUGCCGCCCCUACAGUCAUUAAAGAUGCUGGAUUAUUGCAGAUUCAGGUAAGUAACAACUUCCAUAAAAUAGCAAGCAACUCCUCAUUAUCCAGGAUAGCAGUUUGCCAAGUUACUGGAAAAAAAGAACCUCUAUGGGAAACAUUCCUUGGUGCUGCCAUAAGAACAAUAGCCUCAAACAGACAAUUCGUAAUAGGCUGCUGUGAGGAUCUCACAAUAAACAUAUACGAUAUUAAAACGGGUGCCCGAUCACUGCCCCCUCUCCUAAUAGAAGACCUUGUCAGUUGCUUAAGCCUAUCACAAAGCGGAUUCUUAUUGGUUCUCACUAAAACUGGCUUGAUGUACUUGUGGAACUUACCUAAGACCAAAUGUGUUUUAAGUAGAACAUCUGUAAGGAGCUUGCUAAUUGGCAAGUCCACAGUAAGUGGCUGUUCUUUGACUACAUCAAACCAACCAAUAUUAACUUUGAAUGAUGGCAGAGCUUACUCAUAUAGUUUAGACUUACAAACAUGGGUUCAAUUGUCAAAUCCUCUAGACCCAGUAAGCAGAUCAGCUGUAUCAAUGGUGAAAAGAGUGCCAAGUAAUUUGCCUCUAGCCUCUCUACAGCGCACAAUGCCUCAAUACCGUCCGACUGAUUCGAUACUGCCCUCUGGUGUUACACUGAGUUUCCUGGAGUCCCAAAUUACUGCCACCAAUGUUUUGAACAGUGCUGCUGAGUACAGACAUUGGUUGUUUGCUCAAGUCAAUCAUUUACUGGAUAAAGGUCCUGAAUGUCGAUUGAAGCAGAUCCUGGAUAACUUACUUGGGCCUAUGCAUGGCAGCGUCAAGAAAAUAAGACUGGAUAAUGAUAUUUUGGGUCUUUCCCGGCGAAAACUCCUCCUAGAAAUCUUGAACAUUAUCAGAACAAAGCUGCCGUGGCAGAGACUUUAUAAGGAGUAUAGUGAGCAAUUGAAAGACAUUGGAGAAACCUUGUGA